GUGAGUGGCGGCGGGAUGGAGGCGCUGUGGGCUCUGCUGGACGAGGUGGCCCUGGAGGGUCUGGAUGGGAUCACGCUGGACACUUUAUGGCACCGGCUGAGCAGCCGCGUCCCGCCCUUCCCGCUGGCCCUGGAGCCCGCCACGCAGCAGCUCCUGUGGGCUGCGCUGAGCGCCCAGCCCGGCCUCAGCUUCUACCUGUUACCGCGGGAGCGGCCCCCUCUCCGCCUGCACGAUCGGUAUGAAGAAAUAGAUCUUGAAACAGGAAUACUGGAAACAAAAAGAGAUCCUGUCCCUCUAGAUGAUAUUUAUCCUGUCCAUAUGAUUUUGGAUAAUAAGGAUGGCAUUCAGGGUUCAUGCCAAUAUUUUAAGGAGAGACUAAAUUAUACUGAUCAAAUUAGGACAAAGGAUUUGCAGCCUUGUUAUGCCUAUACAGAAGCCUAUGAAAAGUGGGGGGAGAAACUAGUCAUCGUUGCUUCACAGAUUCUGCGCUACAGGGCUUUAAUUGGCUGGGAGGGGGAUCCAGACUUAAAACUCCCAGACUUCUCCUACUGCAUUUUGGAGCGAUUAGGUCGUGCUAGAUGGCAAGGGGAACUUCAGAGAGACCUUCACAGUGGGGCUUUCAAGGUGGAUGCUGGUAAAAUGCAUUAUCACAGAAGAGUAUUAGACAGAAAUGGUCUCAUUUCAAUGCAGUCCCAUGUCAUAAGACUACCAAGUGGAGCCCAGCAGCACUCCAUUCUUCUGCUUUUGAACCGCUUUCAUGUUGACAGGAGGAGUAAAUAUGAUAUCCUUAUGGAGAAGCUCUCAGGUAUGCUGAGCACUCGACCAAACAAAAUGGAAACAUUGGGGAAUCUGAGGGAAGAACUGGGUCUCUGUGAAAGAACAUUCAAACGUCUGUAUCAAUAUAUGAUGAAUGCUGGCCUGGCCAAAGUAUUAUCUACCCCGUUACAGGACUUGCACCCUGAUGGUGGACCCUAUAAAACAAAGAAAGGGACUGAUGUCAUGGUCCGAUGCCUCAAACUGGUGAAGGAAUUUCGAAAGAAAGUGGAUGAUUACCAUGAUGAUGAGGAGGAAGAGAUGAUCACAAAAACUGUCCAGCCUGUAGAUAUUGUUUAUGAGCGGGAUAUGCUUACGCAGGCUUAUGAGCUAAUUGAAAGUAGGGGAACCAAAGGAAUUUCUCAGGCGGAAAUUCGGUCGGCUAUGAAUGUGGGGAAGCUAGAAGCACGGAUGCUUUGUCGUCUUCUAGAGAGAUACAAAGUUGUCAAGGGAUUUAUGGAAGAUGAAGGUCGGCAACGAACAACAAAGUAUAUUUCACACGUUUUUGCAGAAGAGAGUGAUUUAAGCCGUCAGUUUGAGAGGGAGAAGGCCCGGAGUGAACAGUUAGCGACAGUUAGCUUGGCUCUAGUGCAUGAAGACUCCCUGCCUGAGGAAGAUCUGUCUCCUGUAGAAGAAGACACUUUCCUCUCAGAAUCAGAUAAUGAGGAAGAGAUGAAAUACAACAAGAAACGAGAAAAGGGAGUGAAGGCCAACUCAGAUUCACUGCUGAAAUUCAGUUUCCGAGAUGGUCCACAUCAGUCAACGCCAGCUAAAGGCUGCAAGUUCCAAGCCAUGAAGAAGCUGCCUUCCCCCCGCCUUCUUGAAGAUCCCGAUGAGCUCCCUGAUGGAUUUGCAGAGGAGGAUUCUAGUUUGGACACUAUAAAGCAGGACUCUAAUCUCUCUCUAGGCACUCAUUCCAUAGAUGAAGAUGGGGAUAUGGCUGUAAUUGAGGAGGUCAGGCUUGAGGACCCCAAGAAGAACGCUGAGCAAAAGAAGGAAAAGCGCUCCAGAACCACUGCAGUGGAGAGAUCUCAUGAAACAUACCGGCUACUGAAGCGCCGAAAUCUCAUCGUAGAAGCUGUCCGAAACCUCCGCUUAAUCGAAAGCUUGUUCACGCUUCAGAAAAUGAUCAUGGAUCAGGAAAAGCAAGAAGGUGUUUCCACUAAAUGCUGUAAGAAGUCCAUUGUUCGACUGGUACACAAGCUUUCCCAAGAAGGGCUCCUCAGACUCUACCGCACAACAGUCAUUCAAGAUGGCAUUAGCAAAAAGGUAGAGUUUGUAGUUCACCCUUCGGUGAAUCCUAAUGACCCCCUGGUAAAAAGUGCCAUUGAGCAAGUGCGCUUCCGGAUCUCCAACUCAAGCACAGCAAACAGGAUUAAAGUUCCCCAGACACCAACACCCCAAGAGCAUUUAGAAGAAGAUAGUCUGGGGCAAGAGACUGCUGCUGUAUCAGGGGAAAUGCAAGGAACCUCUCCCUCUAACGCUGAAAAUAAUGGCCGGGCAAGGAAAACUGAUGAGAAAAUGGGCAUAAUGCAGCUAAAAAAUUAUCACCCUGUUACAGUUCCAGGACUUGGGCGUUCUCUUGGCUUUCUUCCCAAAAUGCCUCGGUUAAGAAUGGUCCACAUUUUCCUCUGGUACCUAGUUUACGGACAUCCUUUAAAUGGGCAGCAACAGAAAGCAUGCUAUGAUGGUGAGAAAAGAGGCAGCCCACAGAUACUGGACACAAACACUGCUGUACCUGAAACCCAUCCAGGUGCAUCAGGAGAUGAGGAGGAGGGUGCACCAGAAACUACGUGCAUGGGGAAUCAUGAAGUCCCUGCACAGGAGUCUGAGGUAGAUCUGUGUAACGAGACAGUGUAUGUGGAUGAUAUUUCGUGGAUGCGCUACGUCCCUCCUCUCCCAGUACACAGGGAAUUUGGGUAUGGCUGGGCUCUUGUUAGUGACAUUCUUCUUUGCCUACCUCUCUCCAUAUUUAUCCAGAUAGUGCAAGUCAGCCACAAGGUGGAUGGUCUUGAGGAUUUUUUAAACAAUCCUCUAAAAAAACACACACUGAUCAGAUGUCUUCCGAGGUCAGUCCGACAGCAGCUUCUUUAUAAGAGGAGAUACAUCUAUUCAGUGGUGGAAAACCUGCAGAGGUUAUGUUGCCUGGGGCUACUACAGUUUGGCCCAACUGAGAAAUUCCAAGAUAAAGAUCAGGUAUUCGUCUAUACGAAGAGAAAUGCAGUGAUUGUUGAUACUACUAUCUGUGACCCUCACUAUAACUUGGCUCAAAGCAGUCGCCCAUUUGAGAGACGUUUGUAUGUUUUGAACACUAUGCAGGACGUAGAAAACUUUUGGUUUGAUUUGCAGUGUGUCUGCCUUAAUACUCCAUUAGGAGUUGUCCGCCAUCCUCGUGCAAAAAGAAGUAAUCUUCAGGGUGAGGAGACCGGCAACACAUUGGAUGUGCAGAUGGAACAAGAGUCAGCAGUGGAUAAACACAAUCUUGAACGAAAGUGUGCAAUGGAGAAAUACACCUCGUAUGAAAGUGCCGUUCCUGAAAAUGGACUUACAGUGAGACUCCAGACUUUCUUAACAAAACACCCCCUUCCACUCAGUACUGGAGGUAAUAAAAUAAACAUUUUGCGAGAUGCAAGGGAAGGCGCGAAGUCCCCUGUGCAGAAGGAAGAAUGUAUUGAGAUUGAUAAAGAAGCAACGCAGAAUAGAACCAAGAGAGUGAGGGGUGGAAAAAGCCAGAAACGUAAGAGGCUUAAGAAAGACACUGGGAAGAAGCCAAAGAAGAAAAAGAGAGAGGAGUCUGUAGAAAAAAAUAAAAAGCUGCGCUACCAUGAUGAGGCUGACCAGAGCGCCCUGCUGAGAAUGACGCGCCUACGUGUCACCUGGACUGUGCAAGAAGACAGCCUGCUCAUGCUAUGUCGGAUCGCCAGUAAUGUGCUAAACACAAAGGUGAAAGGACCGUUUGUUCCAUGGCAGGUUGUCCGAGAUAUCAUGCAUGCCAGCUUUGAAGAAUCUUUAGAUAAAACUUCUCAUUCUGUUGGACGAAGAGCUCGCUACAUUGUCAAAAAUCCACAAACCUAUCUUAAUUAUAAAGUUUGCCUUGCUGAAGUUUACCAAGAUAAAGCUCUUAUUGAGGAUUUCAUGAAGAGGGAAGAUAACUACCAAGACCCACAGGUGUGUGCAAAAGAGUUUAAAGACUUUGUGGAGAGACUUAAAGAGAAAUUCAGUUCAACCCUAGGGAAUCCCAAACUUGAAAUUCCAGAUACAUUGCAGGAGCUGUAUUGCAGGUUCAGAGUUUUGGCCAUCGGAGAUGAAGCAAAUCAAAGCAUCAAACAGGAUGCUCUCAACAGUAUCUAUGAUAUUCACUUCCUAGUGCUCCAGAACCUGAUUCAGAGUACUUUGGCACUCUCAGAUAAUCAAAUGAAGUCCUGCCAGUCAUUUCAGACCUUUCGGCUGUACCGUGAGUACAAGGAUGACAUUCUUGUGAAGGCUUUCUUAGAAUGUCAGAAGAGAAGUUUGGUCAAUCGCCGUCGGGUUAACCAUACCCUGGGUCCAAAGAAAAGCCGGGCUUUGCCCUUUGUGCCUAUGUCAUAUCAACUAUCUCAAAGCUACUACAGAGUCUUCACAUGGCGGUUUCCCAGUACAAUUUGUACAGAAUCCUUCCAGUUCCUAGAGAAGCUCAAGGAAGCUGGAAAAUCAGAUGAACCCGAUAGCUUUUCAUUCAAGGAUCAAGAAGCCAAAGAUUCAGCAGGCAUGCUAACUUUUCCUAUGGAUGGCCCCGGAGGUCAUUGUGUAGCAAUUCUUUCCCUGUUCUCCCUGGGUCUUAUUUCUGUGGAUGUGAGGAUCCCAGACCAAAUAAUCGUGGUGGACAGCACUAUGGUGGAGAAUGAAGUCAUCAAAAGUUUGGGAAAAGAUGGUCUUGAGGAUGACUAUGAUGAAGAUGAUGACUUGGAUGAGAGCUCUGGAAACAAACGGAGAAUAGAGGUAAAAGCUCGUCAAGCAUCUCAUACCAAUUACUUACUCAUGAGAGGGUACUAUGCACCAGGAAUCGUCAGCACACGCAAUCUGAACCCCAACGACAAUAUCGUGGUCAAUUCUUGCCAAGUGAAGAUCAAGCUGAGAUGUGCCCCAAUGCCAGGGAGGCUCAGUACCUCAGUUCCUUCUGUGGUUGAUAACAUGGCUGUAGGAAUCUCGUGCCUCCCUGAUGCUUUUACCAGGCUGCUAAAAGUCCAGGAAGCGACUUAUGACGUAGAUCAGUUUGUCCUCCAGUGUACAGAGUGUUAUGGGUAUAGCUCCAAAGAUGUAUCUGCUGUCCUGGAGAUCCAUAAUGCUAUUGAGGCAUCCUCUUCCUUCGGGAUUGACAAGGCAGAACUGGGCAAACAGUUCCACUGCUAUGAAGAAGCUGACACCGAACGCACCAGGAGUUUACAGCAGUAUAUUCAGGACCUCCUUAAGAUGGAACAGGUGUUAGAAGUGGGAGGGAACACUGUACGAUUGGUUGCAAUGACAUUUGCCAAACCCUGGCUGUUGUAUUCAGUCUGUCUGAAGAAUAAAGUUGGUGGUGCUGGUCUGCAGGGCAAAGACUCCGUCACUCACUUGGAUUUACAACAGAACUCUCAGCAGCCAGAGCCAAAGAGAGGGAUGGCAUCUUCAAGGGAAGAGGGACAGCCUGGCAAAGUCUUAACACCUGUUGUCAGUGAUGAAGGACCCCCAAGGAAAAGAUUCAAGACUCAACAUGGUGGGCUUCAAGAUGGCACUGAAUUCCAUCAGGACAUAAAGAGCUGUUCAGAAGGAGCAACUGAAGCAGCCCCUGAUGCAAGUUUAACUGAGCCCACGCAGGUGAAAGGGGUGUUAGUUGCACAUGAAGGAAUGGGUCCUUUCAGAGGGCAGACAGGACACUAUGUGCAACAUCCUGUGCACGGACCAGAAUCUGUCACUGGUAAAGAUAAAGAGCAAGAUAAAGCCAAUUCUGAAGAACAAGAGACUGCAGUAGAUGAUAGUGUUGCAGCUAAUGAGGAGGAAAGGCAGAUGCCUAGCUUUGAACAUACAGCCAGAGAUACAGCUUUGAACAUGUCGCUUGAUGAUGCAUCUCACCCACGGGAAAGUUCUGAAGUCUCUAAAGAAGAUUCUUUGACAAAUCUACCCCAGGCAGUACGGGAAAGGGCCUGUGAAAAUGUCUGUUUCAUUGGGAGACCGUGGCGAAUCGUGGACGGGAAUCUGAAUAAACCAGUGUGUAAGGGAAUGAUGGAAGCUGUGCUCUAUCACAUCAUGACAAAGCCCGGCAUAACGGAAACCACUUUGCUGCAACAUUAUGUGGGGGUUCUUCAGUCUGUUUCUGUCUUGGAGAUACUACAGGGCCUGGAAGCCCUUGGCUGCAUCAGAAGAUUCUGCAUGAAAAAGCCCUCGGCAAUAUCUCUCUUCUCUCGGCCUGUUCCUGAAGAAGAGCUAACCGACUCCAAACUGAGUGAGACUCCAACAAUAUUUUAUGAGCCUACCAUAGACUGUACUCUGAGAAUGGGCAGAGUGUUCCCGUACGAAGGCAACUGGAAUAAAUGGGUGCAGAUGAUCCAUGUAUGAGAGAUGGCAUGGUGCGUCAUACUUGUCCAGCCUGCGUUGGUGAAUGCUAAUGGAGGUGAAACUUCUGGUGUGUCCCGUAACUUGUGCUCUGCUUGUC